AUGCUAGAAGAAACGGUAGCCCUCUGUGCAUUCAGCAUUGAGGAGUGCGUGACGUUCGCCACCUCAUUCGGCCAGCGGGACAAUGGCAAGCGUCGGUGCGCCUCUGCGCGGCCAGAAGCCCCUGCGCAGCAGUACGGCGCGCCAGACGCGGCUCCGUACCCUCCCUCGGGCUGGCGUCCGGAAGGUCGGCAGUUCUUCCUGCCUUCCAGGACUUCCGGCCUGUACGCGCCGCCGCCACAGCAGUACGGCCCUCCGCCCCCGCCCGCCCCCACGACCACAGAGGCUGCCGAGACCACGACCACCGAGCUGCCCACGACGACGGCUCCCUCAGACGCGGCUGCCGACGGCUCCCGCGCCCUGGAGUCCGGCGUGUACUACCUGCUGCAGCCGGACGGCCGCCUCCAGCGCAUCACCUACGCCCACGGGCCACGCGCCUGUCCUGUCAGAAGCUCCUACACAGCAGUACGACGCGGCACCGCUACCCCUGCUGACGCCUCCCGCGCCCUGGACUCCGGUGUGCGUCACGAGCUUCUGCUGCAGCCGGACGGCGCCCUGCACGUACGCGAUGCCGCCUCCGCCGCCUCCGCCGCCUCCGCCGCAGGGCUGCCGCCGACUAUAAAACGGCCCGCGGUGUCCGGAGCUGUUAUCAGUCGCCAGCCGAACCCCCCUGACAGCGACAUGCAGCAUCUCUUGGUGGUGACGGCUCUCGCCCUGCUGGCAGGUGGCGCUUCCGCUCGGCCCGAGCCGGAAGCCCCAUACCCGGCUUCCGGCUGGCGUCCCGAGGGCCGGCAGUUCUUCCUGCCCGCGUCGUCGCGCUCCGCCGGGCUGUACGCGCCGCCGCCGCAGCAGUACGGCCCGCCGGCCACGACCACCGAGGCCGCCGAGACGACGACCGCGGAGGCGGCCACGACCACGGAGGCGGCCGACGCGGACUUGGGCGCGGCCGGCGCGCGGUCGCAGGCGCAGCGCGAGCCGCUGGAGGACUCGGAGGCGGGCGUCUACUUCGUGCUGCUGCCGGACGGCCGCCUGCAGCGCAUCGCCUACGCGCACGGCCCCGCGCCCGCCUCCUUCUCACUGCUGCCCGAGCGCCUCACGCUGCCCGGCGCCGCCCCCGUGCCAGUCGACCCGGGUUACCUGGCACGCUUCCACUACCAAGACCUGCUGCCCCAGGGGGCGCCCGUCUUCGCCUACCAGCAGGCCGGGCUCACGCGCAUCGCCUGAAGCGCUCCGCGAAACUGCGCGGCACGUCUGUCUAAGGCUGUGAAUCAAUUCUUAGGUCUCCAGGUUCACCUUCGAUUCACCAAAGAAACAAGUGCUUCUCUCUUAGAUGAUAAGAAUAUCACGAUCAUGCUCAUUUACGCUAUGUAUUCGCAAUAAAUAUUACUUUAGAGCUAUUCUUUGUACACAAUUUCUUCUUUGCCAACGUUUUAAAUAAAUCUGUACAUUCUUGAAUCACCUAAAAGUAA